AUGACAACCCAAACAAGGUCCGGCUCUCAGGUGGCCAAAGAGGGUAAAAAGGGUACUCAGGGUGGCUCCAAAGUAACUCCUGGUGGUGCUCCAGUUGGAAACAAAGGUAAUGCCCAAGGAAAAGGCCAGGAUGUUGCAUCUGGUGGUUCCCAAGGUGAUUCCGAUAAUCGAAUUGCUGCUACCCAGCAAGGUAGCACUCAAGGUGACGCUGAUAGUCAAACAGGUGCUAGAAAGCAGGUAGUUGAUAGAGAUGUUCAAAUGGAUGAUCUUCCAAAACUCCAAGUUAAAGAAGUCGAUGGGAAAGGGGCUUCCAAUGAUAUUAUCAUGUACGACUCUUCUACCCAUUCUGCUAAUGAACGAGAGGAGCGCCCUGAACGCCCUGCGAAGAAGAUCGGUAAAUUUAAUGGCGCGGAUGAUGUUAGUUCUGCCAAACAACAAGCUGCAUCUAAUGAAGUAGAGACUGGACACCAACUCGGCUUGACAGGCCCUCCUUCACCUCCCCAACAUUAA